UAACAUUCGUCGUCGUCCAGUUGACAGAAUUUUCAAGAUGGAAUCCAAUCGGACCUCGCAAACACAGAAGACAGGUAAAAGAGAGUAACGGGAAAUCACGGAAAUAUAUCCCAUUGACCUCCCAGAUCUAGAUUACAGGGAACUAAGUUCAACCUCUGAAAACAUAUUGACCUCCCUGGCGUCAAACACCUAUGAAGGAGAGCGUUGCUUUCUACCCUCAAAUGGCUCAAAGAUCUAUCACCUGCCAAAUUGAACCCCUUCAUCAGGUGGAGGUGACACAUGACAACGUGGGCAGACUCCAGCUGUUCGGUGAUGAUGAUCCACCUUGCACUCUGCUGACUCUGCACAUGCCUGCAGAUGGAACUCAAGUGGUGGCCCUGAACCUGCAUGGAAAGUGGUGGUCUUUAAAUGAUGUUUUGAAGACAUCCAUCAAAUCCAGAUCUGGUCUUGUGAUGGUGCWGUCUGUUAUGGAGAGAGUGAUACUUUUCCUGCUUAGUCAAAUCAUUUUUGGAGUUUUGGAGAGGCCUUCAGGGGAAGAGGUUUACUUCUCACCUCACCCAAUGAGGGAAUUUGGCAAAAUUCUAUGGCAUAAUGGAGAGGCAGUUGGAUUCUACACCAUCAAAAAGAAAGGAAGUCUGUGUGAUGGAUUCACUCGUCGAAGCUAUCAGCUUUCUGUCCUUGACACUGUGUUUGUGAGGACUCAGUGGAGGAGGAGUGGUCUGGCACUGCAGAUCCUGGCAGACUUCUGUAAAUCCCUCCCCAACGAGGAAGUGAUAGGAAUCAGCUGUCCCAUAUCCCCAAGUAUGAUUAAAGUGUGCAGCAAGUAUCUGCUGAUGCACCAGGACCAAAGGGACCGGCUCUAUGAGGUGGAAGCUCCUGGGGGCUGGGGCCAGAGACGGAACAUAUGGCUCAACAUACAGCUCAACCGAAGCACAAACAGUGAGGCCCUCCCUAGGUUUGGAUCAGGGUGUACCAAUGCAAAGGCUCAAGUGAUGAGCAAUGUCCAACAACAUUGAACAAGGGGAAGAGAAACUAUAAAUAAUCAUCAUCAGAUGUCUCUUGAUUAUUGGUUUUCUGAUGGUUUGGCUGUGAUCACCACAGAAGUAAAAGAGAGAAGCUACCGGCAGACGAGGCUGAAGGGAGUGCUAAUUCCAAACAGGCUGGGACAUGAUAUUAAACCUCAGACCACAGAUGGAUCAUGGUUCUCAGAAGACUUCGAGUCAUGUUUUUUUAUGUCAUUUGUAGCAGGACGUAGAAGGGCAUUUGUGUCAGUUGUUAUUUUGAGCAACUAUAACGUGUUGACUAAGGCUAGAAAUAAUGGAUGUUCAAAAUGUUAAACAUUUUGGGACCUGAACUGCAAAUAAUACAUAUCAGUUUCAUAUUCUGCUUAAUAAAGUGAUAACAUCAUCACUGUGGUUAAAUGGG